GGGGGAUUGCACACGGCUGCCUGCUCUUUGGUGCCAUCACAGGCAAACACUGGCUGCUUGUUCCUGUUUCUGCCAGCAACUAGUUUUUUAGGGACCUGCAAAUGUUUCUGCCCCUGUCUUGCUCAGGUGCACUGGAGGAGUGGUCCUGGUCCUCCAGUUUCCUUCUCAGACCAAGGACAGGCUUAAGCUCCAGGCUUCUGCAGCUGCCCAAGCUUAUGUCAAGAGAGGAGGAGACCUGUUGUGGGGGGCUCGCUCUAGCCCUGGAGGGCUUUCUCUGGGCUCGUUUGGGCGCAGUGAUGUAUGUCAGCCCCAGGCUUCUCUGGGACCUGCAAAGGUCCUGAAGCACGGGUGGAAAUGCCACUGUGCUGCACAGCACUGCCAGGCUUUCCGUGCUGUUCCCAGGGCAUGUGCAGCUCCUUAAUCCCUUAUACCCAGUGGAAGGUUAAAGGCAAUUUCCUAACUGGUUUCUGCUCAUCAAGCCUCCUGGGAGGUGUUUGAUAGCCACCCUGUCCUGCUUUCAGGAUGUGGGGUCUCUGGGAGGGCUGAGCCUGCCUGUGGUGCACCAGGGGCUGCGGAUGCCACAUGGGAUGAUUCUUUGGUCACAUCCAAAUCUGGCUCCUGGGCUUGCACAAGGUGGAGGGAUGCUGGGCUGGAUCGAACGGGUGGUUCCCCAGCCCCCGGUGCCCCAUCUGACAGAGGAGACACCCCCAGCGCCGAUGCGGGACCCAGAGCCAGCCAAGGCACUGAUGGGGAAGGCUGGUGACCCCAGGGAUGCCUGUGACCAUGCACACACUGAGGUGGAAAAGAAGGUGGGAUUUACAGUCGCUGAGGACUCAGCCUCUGUGUUUGAGAGUGUGGGGAGCAGUGUGUUGUCCUGGCUCUCCCAGGGGCUAGAGAAGGUGAUUCCCCAGCCGGUCCCAACCCCAGGGACACUGCAGGAUCUUGGGAAGAGCUUUGAGACAAGCAUUGAUAUUCCUGAUCAGACGGAGGUCCAGAUCCUCAGGGACGAGGAAGAGGAUGCUUUGGAGAUAACCCCCUUAGAUCCAGAGGAGGACAAUCUGGACGGCUAUGACUCUGAAGAUGGCACAGAUCCCAGCAAGGAAGAGCGGGCGGGAGCACGGGUGCUCAACUGGCUGGUGCAGGGCUUCGAGAGGGUGGUGCCACAGCCAAGGAUGCUGAAAAAGUUGGAGGCAGAGCCAAAGGAGCAGAAAUGCAACGCCACAGCAGGCACAAAAGGGACUAAAACCCAGGAAAAGUCAGAAAGCAACGCUUCAGCCACCCAGAGCACCGCAGCAGCAGUGGAGCCAGCAGUGGCCAAGGGGCAGCCACAGCCGGUGACCACUGUCAUCCCUUGGUCCCUGGCUGAGGAUGGCAGCAGGAUGUUUGCCUGGUUGCUCCAAGGGAUGGAGAAGGUGAUGCCACAGCCAGUGACCAGGGAGAAGCAGGGUGAACAGCUAGUGGCCGCAGCAAACUCAAGUGCCGUGGAAGAAAUUCAUAUUGUCCCUGGCGAACCUGAGGAGACCAACCUUGUCUUGGAAGAGAUCAACAAUGACUGGAUUAAUGAAACCAUGUGUGAGGUGAUGACCUGGUGUCACAAGGCUGAGCUGGUGGCAGAUGCUCAUCCCCUUCCCCCCAUACAGGAGGAAGCUCAAGAAGAAAACAGGCUUCCUAAUUCACCUAACGAAUUUCUUCUCCCCAGGCUGUGGUUGUGCUCCCUGAGCACUGCCAAAGAGGAAGAGGAAAAGGAGGAGGAGGUAGAGGAAGAGGAGGAGAAGAAGAAGGAGGAGGAGGUAGAGGAAGAGGAGGAGAAGAAGGAGGAGGAGGAGGUAGAGGAAGAGGAGGAGAAGAAGAAGGAGGAGGAGGAGGUAGAGGAAGAGGAGGAGAAGAAGGAGGAGGAGGAGGAGGAGAAGAAGGAGGAGGAGGAGGAGAAGAAGGAGGAGGAGGAGAAAGUGGAGGAAAGUGCAGGACCCCUGCUCUGGUCGCUUUGUCUCACUGCUGAUGAGGGUGUGGAUGAUGUCUGCUUGGCGGAGGAGGCCCUCAGGUUUGAGCAGCUGGAAGAAGCUAAGAUAAGUGAUCUUGGAGGUGCUUUUGUACAGGUGGAAGAGGAGAGAGCUGAAGCUGCUGAAACUGAUGCUGAAGGUAUAAUAUAUAGCAGUGCGCCUAGCAGCAUGUCCAAGCGUGCCCGAGAUGUUGAGCUAGAUCAGCUGGUGCAUGACGAGCCACUCACUGGCGGGGAUGCCUCCCUUCCUGGCCAUGGCAUGCUAGAGCAGCUCCCCAAUGUCCCCAGCUACCGAGCCACUGCUGACUCCCUCAUCCCCAUCCUUGUCGCCAGCAAGCCAAAGGCUGGAGUUGUCAACCCCAGUUUUUGCAAUGAGGAGCAAUCCCCGCUAGGUAAUUACCCCACCGUGGACAUCAAGGAUGCGGACAGUGGAGGCCAUGCUGUGGAGAGUGACGGUACCCACUUACUGGUGCCCAGCGCUGGGGCUCCCAAUACACUGUUGGUGCCCAGCACAGUGCCAGCAUCCCCCAGGAGGAAGCUACUGGCCCAGGAGGAUGGUAUGGAAGAGGGACCAGUGAGCCAGUCCCCCACCCGAGCAUGGCUGAGCUGCGACGAGGAGCAGAGGGAAAGCCUGCCUGAGCGCAUCGGUUCAGCCACGAGCCUGAGCAGUGCCAUCAUCAACAACCGGCUCCAGGAGCUGGUGAAGCUCUUCCGAGAGAGGACCGAGAAGGUGAAGGAGAAGCUGAUCGACCCCGAUGUCACCUCGGAUGAGGAGAGCCCUGCAGCAUCCCCUGCCAAGCCUGCACCUGCAGCAGCACCGCUGCCUCCCCCAGGAGGGGAGCCGGAGGGGGAUAAGCCGGGGGGAGGUGAGCACUACUGUGAGAUGCUGUGCUGCACAUUCAAGACCCAGCCCUGGCUGGACCGCCUGAAAAACUACCGGUUCCCCAGCAGCAUCGACCCACUCACCGACCUGAUGUACGUGCUGUGGCUGUUCUUCGUUGUCAUGGCCUGGAACUGGAACUGCUGGUUGAUCCCCGUCCGCUGGGCUUUCCCUUACCAGACACCAGCAAACAUCCACUGCUGGCUGCUCAUGGACUACCUCUGCGACCUCAUCUAUCUGCUGGACGUCAUCAUCUUUCAGACCCGGCUGCAGUUUGUGCAGGGGGGAGACAUAAUCAGCGAUAAAAAGGCCAUGAAAGAGAACUACCUGCGAUCACAACGAUUUAAGAUGGAUGUGGUGUGCCUCCUGCCCCUGGAUUUCUUCUACUUCAAAGUCGGUGUCAACCCACUUCUGCGCUUUCCUCGCUGUCUGAAGUACCUGGCCUUCUUUGAGUUCAACAACCGCCUGGAGGCUAUCCUGAGCAAGGCGUACAUCUACAGAGUAAUUCGGACCACAGCCUAUUUACUGUACAGCUUGCAUGUGAACUCCUGCCUCUAUUACUGGGCAUCAGCCUACGAAGGACUGGGCUCUACCACCUGGGUCUAUGAUGGGGAAGGAAACAGCUACAUCCGCUGCUACUACUGGGCAGUCAAAACCCUCAUCACCAUCGGAGGCCUGCCAGACCCCAAGACGCUGUUCGAGAUCAUCUUCCAGCUGCUGAACUACUUCACGGGCGUCUUUGCUUUCUCUGUCAUGAUAGGGCAGAUGAGAGAUGUGGUCGGUGCUGCUACCGCAGGGCAAACUUACUAUCGGAGCUGCAUGGACAGUACCAUUAAAUACAUGAACUUCUACAAAAUCCCCAGAACUGUUCAGAACCGGGUGAAAAUGUGGUAUGAGUACACAUGGCACUCACAAGGCAUGCUAGAUGAGUCAGAGCUGCUGGUGCAGCUGCCAGACAAGAUGAGGCUGGACCUUGCCAUUGAGGUGAACUACAACAUCGUGAGCAAAGUGGCUCUCUUCCAGGGCUGUGACAGGCAGAUGAUCUUCGACAUGCUGAAGCGGCUCCGAUCGGUGGUCUACCUGCCUAACGACUACGUGUGUAAGAAGGGAGAAAUUGGCCGUGAGAUGUACAUUAUCCAGGCGGGACAAGUGCAGGUGUUGGGGGGAGCUGAUGGCAAAACCGUGCUGGUGACUCUGAAAGCUGGCUCUGUGUUUGGGGAAAUCAGCUUGCUGGCGGCAGGAGGGGGAAAUCGCCGAACAGCAAACGUCAUAGCUCACGGCUUCGCUAACCUUUUCAUUUUGGAUAAGAAGGACUUGAACGAGAUUUUGGUGCAUUACCCAGAGUCUCAGAAGCUGCUGCGUAAGAAAGCCAAGAAAAUGCUGAAAAACAGCAAUAAACCCAAAGAUGAGAAAGGAGGUCCUGGAGACCCAGUCAUCAUCCCCCCAAAAGCUGACACCCCGAAGCUCUUCCAAGCUGCCCUGGCCGCCACAGGGAGGAUGGGGGGCAAAGAGCCACUGGCGCAGCUCAGGUGGAGGCUGAAGAAGCUGAAGGCGAUGCAGGAGAUGCAGGGUUCCAGUUUUAGUCCGAUCCCACCAAAAUCACCAGUGCACCAGAGAUCGCCUGUCAUCUCCCACAGAGCAAGCACCCACCCGGGAGAAGAAAUAAUCUCAAAACCUUCUGAUGGUUUAGUCACCAUUCGGGUGAUUUCUACAGCAGAAGAAGAUGAAGAAAUCCUUGCUGCUGAGAUUUCGGAGAAAGAAGAGGAAAAAGAAGAGGAAUGAAAAACAAGCAGGUCCUGGGGCAGGACUAGGAGUUGGGCAAAUACCUGGGGUAGAAGCUUUUUGUCGUUAAUGGUUGCCGUGCAGUGGCUGUAGGUUUGCUAAGUGCUGCAGGUAGGAUCUGCCUUUCUUUUCUGCCUAGACCUUCAGUCGUUAAUGAUAAAACCCUCUGCCAUAUGACCCAGAACCGUACAAGGUUUCAAUGCUCUGGAGAUCUAUUUUUAUUAAGCUUCUUCACAAACAUUCCCACUAAAUCUCAGGCCAGCCCCCUUGCUCUGAAAUCCAUCCUUACGGAGAGGGAGCCCUGAAGAAAUUGCUUUUUAUGGCUCUGGAUGGUUAAUGAGUGUUCCUAUAAAGUGUGAAGAGUUAUUCACCUCUGACAGCUGAAUCACCACUUGGCCAGAAGCAACCAGGGAUAAAAUAAAA